AUGCCGCGCAACGAGUCGCCCGCGAACACUGUCAUGAGGGAUGUUGCACCCGGUGACGAGAGCGGAGUCUAUUACCUACUCAUAAGCUCGUUGCCCUUUGGCACCAAGUGGCAGCUCUUCAAGGACUGGAUUCGUGAGGCGGACUGUGACGUGGAUCACAUCGAGUUGUUUCAAAAGUCAACAAACGGAUGGAUUCGACUCCUUGGCAGAGACAACUUUGAGCGCGCUUUACGCCAACUCAGGACCAACUCAUUUGCUGGUAGAGAGAUUAUCGUCGACGAUAGAAACCGGACAGAACCCAUCAAGAUCCUUGAGCUCAUUGACGACCCGCCGCCCAAGCCAAAGUUUGGGUGGAGGUUUCAGAGGUCGCGCCGCAAGGGCGACUUGCUCGCCGACGAUGCCGCUUCAGUUGUUGGCACCCGGGGCGAGAGCUGGCAAUUGACCCCCCGGCCGGAGUCUACGGUGGCGAGCAUUGACGUAGAUGCAUCACGCAAAGACCGAGAGCGAAGCAGCAUUCGAGCACUUCCAGUUUCCGCAUACCCUGCCGGACCCGUCAUGCAGCGUGGGCCCUUAGGAAAUGAUACGACACCCAUGAGCUACCUGCCUCGCCAGCCGUACAGGCCGCCGGCGGAGUUGCAAGGAGCCGCGUACAUGGCGACAGGGAACGCACCAUUCCCCGUUCCCGUGUGGAAUUCGCCUUAUGGCUCGGCUUAUGCUCAAGGCUAUCGACCCUACGAAGCGCCGCCGCCCGUGAACCCUAGCCUUCAAGCUACUCUGCCAUCAUCAACCUCGAGCAGCUUAGUGUACCCCCCGCUUCUGCGCCCAAGCAACUCGAAAUCGUCGUUGGGUUGGACUAGCAGCAGCAGCAGUAGCACCAUCCCGUCAACGGCCCCUCCGCCCGAGCCGACUGUUGUUGCCUCCCAGAGACAGGUUGAAACCUUCUACAAGGUCCAGUUGCUGUCACUGCGGCAUACUGCCAGCCCGCAGGACGUGGAGCAAUGGGUGAGAAGCCGCCUGGGUGGGUGGGAAAGCGCCAUUAUUCGCAUCGACGUUCCAAUGGACCAUCAUAAGGGCCGCAUUCGCGGGUCGGCGUAUAUUACGCUCUCCAACGCCGUUGCUGCGGGCAAAGCCGUUGAGGCACUACAGCAACAGCUGUUCAUGGGGCGCCUGGUAUAUGCCCGCCGAGGAGGCAGCAUCGACAGCGCCAAGCAGAGAAAAGAGGGCGGCAAGAUGAAUCGCGCCGGUCGAACGACGAAAGCGAGUCAUGGCAAUCCUGAGUCGGUGGCGGUAGACGACAAAGCAACUCCUCAAUCAAGUGGCGCGACCCAAGGAGACAAGUAUGCGCCUCCUGUCAUCGCCCACGGGACGAACUAUAGGCCAUCAAACUAG